AGUUCUUUGUGCAGUCUGGCAAGCAACAAAGCACUCAAACAGUUAAUGUUUGAUGAAUUGGAUACGAUUUAUAAGACAUGUCCUGUAUUCAUAGCAGCAAAGACAAGUAAACUCAGUUGGAGAUCAACAUGAUUGUGAAGCUGUUCGCCGCACUAUUGUUGGCGGGACAUCUCUCCCUGUCCAGUUCGCAGGAAAGCUCACCACCCGCCGUUCCGCAAUCCCUGGACAAUUUUGGAGGCGAUGUGUCCGAUUUUAGUAUUAUGUACACAAAGAACCUGCAAGAUGUGAUGAGGAAGUUCAAUAUUCCUAGGGCGGAAAUGGAGGAAAUGCUUCGGACGUACGUGGCAGGCGGACAGCCUAAAAUUACCAGAACUGUAUUCAACCCAGACACAAAGCUUAACGAGACUAUCACACUAGACUUCAAAAGUUUUGAGGAAGAUUCUGCCGCUGGCAUGCAGGCUAUGGGAACAUCUCAGGACAACGUUCCCGUCGUGUUCAGGCCAAACCAAAGGGCUGGUAGUUCUAUAGUUCCAUCGUCGAUGCCAAAUAUUCCACAGGUUAGAAAUACUGGGCUUCCAUCUAUUGACGAUAUACAACUAGCUGCUGUCGAUGAUUCCAUGAACCCUUCACCGGACAUGGACCUUACCGCCAUGAGAGACAAUGAGGCAAAGUUGAUAGAGGAUCUAAAAUUGCUUCAGCGUCGUAGAGUUGCACUGCAGGAGAGUUAUGCUCAAAAAGAGAUAGAUGAGGAAACAUAUCGACUCAGUAUGGAGAACAAUGAAGUUCAAAUGCGUAACAUGUAUGUGGUUCUGCAGCAGAUACAAAACGCAAUAAGGGAGUUUUUAGGAAUUCCACCCCAAGGCCCACCAGCAUCAGCAAAUGUUAUGGGGGACAGUUUACUUGGGGCACAACAGUCACCCGGUUUAGUAGCAGACAACAGGCCAAUUCUUUCCGAGAGAAACUUACUGGGAGACAUACAAGACCGUCCAUUGCCAAUUCAACAGGUUGCUCCAGGGGGCGAAACUUUGUCGCCAGCUGAAGAACUUGCAUUGAUACAACAAGAGCUCGACAGAAUGAGAACAAGGGAUGCAGACAUGCUAGAUAGCUUAAAUCGCUUUCGAAUGCCACGAAUCGAUGAUAACUUUGUCUCUGACACAACGAAUGCUGCUUCAGCCAAUUCUGUACGAAGAAAUCCUGAAGGCGCCCUUGGUUUAAUGGCUGAUGACAAUUUACCGUCCCCAGCACCCGUUCCAGCGGUGUCAGGAUUUGGUCCUGCCGCUAGUUCUAUACUCCCUCCAAGUGUACCAGGAACGGACUUGCCAAAUAAUAGAAGGAGAACCAUUCCUACCAGUGAAUCUGGCGUUCGUGAAAACAUUAACGAUCUCAUGCAAGAGUACAUCAGACUGAACCGAAAAGAGACCGAUAUUCUUAAUAUGCUUGGUGAUUCCAACAGUCAACAACUAAUAGGAACUUCAAUGAUACCACUUCAGAACAAUAGACCCAACAUUGCCAUGCCACAGGCCAGACAAAACACGGUCAGAGAAAGGACGAGCCGAGCAAACAGUUUUCCUGAUCCAAAUAAUGAUGGCGUAAAUACAUUACCGACACUGCCCGAAAAUUUGAGAUUUAACACAAUGGACGACAAUAACAGGAUUGAGAGAACUGAGCCAGUAUUGCCCUCUUCCUCCUUAAACAAUCGGCUUAUCAACGAUCUUCUCAGUCAAUACAACGAGUUAAAUCAAAGAGAAAGCGAAAUACAGCGACUUUUAGAUAGCCAGUUGGAUCAAAAUGCUAUUGGUAGAAACGAACUUUUUGAUCGUAACCAACCACAAUCAAGAAAAGAAUUUGAGCGCUCUAUAGAUUUAGAUGAACCAAACCAAAACAAUGGUCUAGUGGCAGUCGGUGGGGACCGUCCUCGGGAUUUCCAAAUGUUUCAGACAGACAACUUACCUGAUCAAACUUUAAGAGUUAGCCCCGAUGGAUUGGGAGGGCCGCUUGAUCAAGUUUUUACACAAUCUGACACAUCGCUUGAUCAAAGUACAAGACCGGAUACUAGACCAUUUGACAGAAUGCGGGAUCGAACUUUAGGACCAGAUACUAGACAACUUGACACAACACUUAAUAGCAAUUUAAGGCCAGAUGAUAGAAUAUUCAGCAGAACAUUUGAUCGGACUUUAAGACCAGCUACGAGAAGAAUGAAUAGAAUGUUUGAUCAACCAUUAAGACCAGAUGACAGCAUGCUUGUUGACAGCGUAAGAUUUGGUGGAAGAUCAGUGGGUAGAAUGUUCGAUCGGUUCUCAAGACCAGAUGAUAGAAGGUUUAACAAUUUAUCUCCCUUUUCCACCGAAAUGAACAGACCUUUAUCCCGACCAUUUGAUAUAAAUGACAUUUCAUCUACCGAUAGGUCGGGUCUCCUCCCAAACGAUCGGGCUUUGGACAGAUCAAGGAUGUUAUCCGGAGCAUCAAAUUUUGAUAGGUCGGGUUUUCUUUCGAACGAUCGGGCUUUGGACAGAUCAAGGAUGUUAUCUGGUGAAUCAAAUUUUGACAGGUCGGGUCUUCUCUUAAAUGAUCAGGCUUUGGACAGAUCAAGGAUGUUAUCCGGAGUAUCAAAUUUUGAUAGGUCGGGUCUUCCUUCGAAUGAUCGGGUUUUGGACAGAUCAAGGAUGUUAUCUGGUGAAUCAAAUUUUGACAGGCCGGGUCUCUUUUCGAAUGAUCGGGCUUUGGACGGAUCAAGGAUGUUAUCUGGUUCAAUAAAUUUUGAUAGGUCGGGUCGCCUUUCGAAUGAUCGGGCUUUUGACAGAUCAACGAUGUUACCUGGUGAAUCAAAUUUUGAUGACAUUACAUUCAACAAUAUUCAGGAUUCACGCUCAACUCCUCUAACAGGUUCUGCCGUUGGUCGACGUAACGAUGAAUCACUGGCCUCCUCACGAGAUGAUUCCACAAAUAAUAACCUUGUUUACAACGACGGCACGAUUUCAAUAGAAAGCGUUCGACCAGCUGGAACGUAUGAUGAAGGGGACCUUGCAACUCCACUAGAAAACGGACCAGUCUCUGAAUUCCCAGUCAGUGGAUUUUCCAGCAGAGCGUCUGGUUUGCUGACACCAAGUCUAGAUUCCCUCUCGUUGAGGAACAGAAUGGACCCACGGUUGGGAAGAAAUAGCGUGUCUUCUUUUAGGAGGAGGUCAUUAUAUCCAUUUGUUGGGAACCGUAUGCUGCAACAGGGUCGCCUAAGAAGGGCUAGACAGACUCUGUUUUGAAGACGUAUUUUGGAUUUGAAAUUUUCGGCAUGUUUAGUCGACGGCUUGACGUAUAAAGAGCAUAUUUUUUGUCUUUAAACCUGUUAGCCUUAUUUGAUUUCAAUGUGGGACUAAAGCAUUUACGUUCGAGUUUAUAAUUUUGAUACUUCUAAGUUGAAAGGAAAUUUCUUGCAAUAUGCUGGAACUAUUUUUUUUUUUACAUUUCCUCUUUUAUGAAAUGUUUUGGAAUUUACUCAAAUCUAAUAAAUGACUUUCACAUGUGUAUUGUAUUACUUUCAAAUAAAAAUUAUCUAAACAC